CUACAAGGGGUUUCUGCAGAAACACAUGAUCUGUCAUUUUGGAAAACUGUCCUCCAGAAGUUUGGUUAGGAAGAAAAAAGUAGAUUCACAGACGAGAGCUCACAAGGGACAGAGACCAUUUGAUUGUGAUGUUUGUGGGAAAAGAUUUCGAAAAAAGGAAACUCUAAAGGCACACAUGAUCCUUCACACAGGAGAGAAACCAUUUGGUUGUGAUGUUUGUGGGAAAAGAUUUACAGUGAUUGGAAGCCUGAAGUUACACAUGAGCAUUCACACAGGAGAGAAACCAUAUAGUUGUGAUGUUUGCGGGAAAACAUUUACAGUGAUUGGAAGUCUGAAGUUACACAUGAGCAUUCACACAGGAGAGAAACCAUAUGGCUGUGAUGUUUGUGGGAAGAAUUUUCGAAAAAAGGAUAACCUGAGGACACACAUGACACUUCACACAGGAGAGAAACCAUUUGGUUGUGAUGUUUGUGGGAAAAGAUUUACAGUGAUUGGAAGUUUGAAGUUACACAUGAGAGUUCACACAGGAGAGAAACCAUUUGGUUGUGAUGAGUGUGGGAAAAGAUUUACAGAGCAGGGAAGUCUAAAGAAACACAUGAGAGUUCACAAAGGAGAGAAACCGUUUGGCUGUGAUGUUUGUGGUAAGAGAUUCACAGUGAUGGGAAGUCUGACAUUACACAUGACACUUCACACAGGAGAGAAACCAUUUGGUUGUGAGAUUUGUGGGAAAAGAUUUACAGUGCAAGGAAGUUUAAAGACACACAUGGGUAUCCACACAGGAGAGAAACCAUUUGGUUGUGAUGUUUGUAAAAAAAGUUUUAGAAAACAGGAAAAUUUGAGGAGACACAUGAGAGUUCACACAGGAGAAAAACCUUUUGGUUGUGAUGUUUGUGGGAGGAGAUUUAUAGAACAGGAAAACCUGAAGAGACAUUUGAGAGUUCACACAGGAGAAAAACCAUUUGGUUGUGAUGUUUGUGGGAAAAGAUUUUCAGAGCAGGGGGGUCUUAAGAAACACAUGGGAGUCCACACAGGAGAGAAACCAUUUGCUUGUGAUGUUUGUGGUAAAGGAUUUACAGUGCAAGGACGUCUGAAGACGCAUAUGAGAAUCCACACAGGAGAGAAACCCUUUGCCUGUGAUGUUUGUGGGAAAAGAUUUACAGUUCGAGGAGGUCUGAAGACCCACAUGAAAGUUCACACAGAAGAGAAGCAAUUUGGUUGUGAUGUUUGUGGGAAAAGAUUUACAGAGCAGGGAGGUCUGAAGAAACACAUGGCAGUCCACACAGGAGAGAAACCAUUUGGUUGCGAUAAUUGUGGUAAAGGAUUUACAUCGCAAGGACGUUUGAAGACACACAUGAGAACCCACACAGGAGAGAAACCAUUUGGUUGUGAUGUUUGUGGGAAAACAUUUACAGUGCAAGGAACUCUGAAGGCACACAUGAAAGUUCACGCUUGAGAGAAACUAUCUAAAUGUGAUGUUUGUGGGAAAAGAUUUUAAUUGCAAAGAAGUCUGAAGUACGGUAGCUGACGGGAGCAAACGUGCCGCAGCUCAAGAAAACAUGUAUAUACCACAACACUAUACAUUAAGGAAACACUGUUAAUACUGCAACACAUUAAGAAAACAUGCUACAAUACAUCACAAUGCAUUAAGAAAAUGCUGCAAAUACCACAUAAACAAUACAUUAAGAAAACACUGUAAAUACCACAAUACAACACAUUUAGAAAAUGCUGGAAAUAUCACAACAUAACACAAUUAGAAAACACUUUUACAGUACAUCACAACACAACAGAUGUGUUUCCAGAGGACACUUAAUAGUGCUGCUCACAUCUGGACGCGCUCGUUUUACCCGCGAUUUGUGACCUACGUCACCGGAGUCAACCAUCCAUUAGUGGUGUUGGAAAAUGAGCUAAAAUCUAAGUUUUUUGGCUGAAUUUGACAUUUUGAUCGCAUAAUUCGGAUGUUAGGCUAUGGAAGACAUCUGCUAUUAAACUAGCAUUGGCCUUUUGCUAUUCUUAGUUUGCCAAUUCAAAAAAACUGAUGAAAUACACAUAAUUAAUUUUGUGCAUCAAAGAACGUUUUUUUUUUGCUCCCAUUUUUUUAUGAUUUGGACUAAAAAAAAUGCAGACUUUUUCUGUGUACCUCAAAAGGCUUAUUUCACUCAAAUUUAGUUCACAAAUUUGUUUAAAUCUGUGUUUAUGGGCAUUUAAUAAUCAAUAAUCUAUCCACCUGACAGGUGAAACAUAGGAAGAUGCUGAUUAAAGAGCACAGUUCUUCCACAGGUGGGCCACAUCAUGUUCAGUAACAGUAGGGCCACUCUGAAAUGUACAAUUUUGAAAAAGAAAUGUCUGAGGACAUUAAUAAAUAAAUAGUCUUUUGUGUGCAAAGAAGAAGUGGGAGCAAAGACAAAAGUGGUUUGUUUUAAUUUUUGUUUGAUUUAAAAACCAUGUUAGCUAUUUAUUAGGGCUGUCAGUCUAGAUGCGCUAAUCAGGAUGCAAUAAACAUCUGUAUAUAAUGAGAAUAUUUUAUUAUUAUUAUUAUAUUUUAAUCCUGGUAAAUCCUGGACGGCAUUCCUAUAUUGAAGAGGCUGUACUGGGCUAAGUUUUGUAGCUACAGUAAUAAAAUCAGUGCCCACUUUAUGCUUUUCUCAUGCAGUUUUAGGCUAAAACCAUGCACAUUUUUUGUGUCGCAUGUUAUUUUCGCCCAUUUGAAUAUUUGAAUAUUCCUGCAUAUUUGGGUCCCACCUACGAGCUGAGCACACAGGUGCAGCUAAGCAGACCGAUGUCAGCAAGUCACUACAUCGCCAAAGACAGCAAAGCGCGAUUUUGGAGUGUGUGAGUCAGCACAGACAGUGGAUGAAACUAAAGUAACUGCAGCGCUGCUUAAGGGGCUGAAACUGACCGCAGAUCAGUCAACCUUUGGGAAGACCCGGGUCAAAGGGACAUCCUCGGGUUGGCACAUUCUGACCAGUGAUAUGUCUUACUAACGCGGGGAACAAUAGUUUCACAUAUAAAGGGCCUUUAUGAAUCAGAAAGCAACAUAACUGGAACUCCUGAAAAGUACAAAUGUUGUCAUUUGGUUCCUUAUCAAGACACUCUGGUAAGAGUUGCUUUACUUUGUCAAUAUGGACUUCAAAACUGCUCUGAAAUGCAAAAUAAUGGAAAUGUAAAUAUGCAAUAAAAAAAUGCGAUCAAUUGCGAAUUAAUUGUUGGACAACCCUACUAAUUACAGCUACUUUCAGAACUGCCAGAACAGAGUUAAAGACGAUGCAGCUGAAUGGGAUCAAUAAUAUUUGAAGAACUUAAUCAGUCCCUUUUUGUAAAGAAAAAACAGGCUGCAGAAAACACUAACAUGCUCAUUUAAACCCCCUUGUCUUUUUCAGAUCAAAUUGUUUUGUUGUUUCUGUGGCAUCAAAUUGGAGAAGUUGCCAAAAUUUUGUGGUCCGUGUGGACGAGAUGUAAGCAAAAUAAUCAAGGCGGCUCCUAGAGUGACCAGAGCUGCGGGUGAAGACCGUGGCUCACUGCAAACUGUGACCAAAGUGACUGAUGUAUGUGCCAUCCCACCACAUUCAGCUGUUCUCCAAUUCUUGAAAAACAAAGAACUAAAAGAAAGGACGACGUUUUUGAAACUCGAAAAGAAAUCUGAGAAUACGGUCAAAAUUUUUGUGGGGAUCAUGAGCAGGACCAGCCUCGGCUUAGAGCCCACGAGAGGGAAAACUCUCUCUCUGCAUGUUUAUCCUCAGUGGUCGUCUCGGCAAGUUCUGUCGGCUGCCGUGAAAAGACAAAAAGAUUUCAACAAAGACAUUGAAGAUGGACGAUACGUCUUGCUCUAUCCUGAUGGCUCUAGGAUAAAAAAUAUCCCUGGAAGUGACACACCUUUCACCGUUGAACUCUACAAGGAGGCCACUGGAAAAGCUUAUCAUCAGAUCACACUGUACAUCUGCAUCCUGGAGGAUGUGCUGCGGCGACGGCAUCUCCCAGAACGGCGGCCCAAAGUGAGAGCUGCCCUGAGAAAACGCUAACUUUGCCCCGUCAAAUACAAAACUGCUCGAUAAAAUUAGAAUUUUUCGAGUGGGGCAAGAAUGGGUUAAAAAGGAUGGAAACAAGAAAAGCACUGCAGAAGAGGCAGCAAACAGAAAAGGUGGAUGGAAGAAGGUAUAUAACAGUUAUAUAUUAUAUAAAAUUAUAUAACAGUUAUGCUCUACUUAAUUUCAAUACACACACACACACACACACACACACAUAUAUAUAAUUAUGUUAA